ACAACAUCGCUGCGGAAGCUGGACGACGGAGAUAGGAAGAACUCCAAAGCUUCAUCCAAACUCUCUCUCUCUCUCGGUGCCGCAAUCAACGUAUCUUCGUCGCCAGAAAAAGUUAAAACAAGAGGGCUGUGGAACAGGCAAACCAAGCAUGCUUCUUAUGGUCCAGUGAAUCUUCCUGUGCGAUUGCAGCCUUCCAGUGCACGUGGGAUUCAAAGCAAGGUUGCUGGUAGAAGUUUUGAGCAAAAGCUGUCUGCAACUUUUAUAUGCACUGCUGCCUUGGAUUAUAAGUAUCCAACAUAUGCUAUUGAGGGAGCUUAUCUAAGACAUGAGAGAUUCAACUACAGUGGCUCAAAUUGUGGAGAUUGUGAAGAUGCUGGUCGAGUUUCAUCCGCUAUUAACGGUAACUGGUGUUAUUUGUCGGGUAAUACUUCUACAAGAUUGGAUUGAAGAGGAGGUUAACAUUCAAUGGAAAGCUCUCAAGAUGUAUUGCCAAUCAACAAUGAGAGCUUUGCUAUAUCUUAUUACUGAGAAGAUGGAGAAUCUAUCAAAAGCCCUUCAAAUGCAUCUCAACAAUGAAGCGGUAAAGGGUCAACCGAAGGCCAAGCUAAUUGAUCUCGGGUUGUUUAGUUUCAUCAUUGGGGUCAUUGGAUCCAUUACUUAUAAUUGCUUCAAGUUUACGUCUCCCACGUGGAUAGUUGCCUUCAUCUGUUUUGUGUUGUUUAGUUUCAAGAGCUGGUUAGAUAAGUACUGGUUGGAAUUGGAACAACAUCAAUCACUGACCUCUGAAAAUACCCAAGCUAGAAGCACUAGUGUGAUUUUGUCAGCAGGCGUCCGACUUGCAAAGUUAAGCUUUGUAGCUUCUGUUGUCAAAACUCCCUUGUCCAACUAUAAACUCUGGUUAGCUAGGUCAAUUGGUUCCGUGGCUUGUAGUCUCCGGAUCCAUCAGAUCUAUCCCAAAGAUACCCCACUGCCCUCUGAAAACACCAAAGGAGUUAGCAGUUCAAUUUUAACUAUCGUAAAUGUUGCACAAGGCAUGUUUUGCUUUUUUCCAAAAGAUUUGUUACCGCCUUCUACAAAUACUAAAGGAAUUACCGGUAUGAUUUUGUCUUUCCAAUCUGUUGUGACAUAUGGUAUUAUGGUGUUGGUUGGUUUGGAACCUCGCCUAUAUUGCAAAGAUUGGUUAGCAACGAUAAUACGUUAUAUACUUUGGUGGGUUCAAUUAGGUGGGUCUAUUCCCAAAGAUCUGGUAAUGUCCACAAUUGAAUUUAAUGCUCUACAAUGGUGGAUAGCACUUCUAUGUAUCACAAUAUCAGAUAUCAUAUUUUGGAUCCAUCAGUCGACAACAAGCCAUUAACAAGAAGGAUGAAAAUCUUGCAUACUAAGGUUCUUGCGGGUGCCGUAUAAUGGUAGCAUUGCUUGUGAGAAAUUUCAAUAAAUUGAGUGAUGGUGGACGGUUGGUGUCUGGUAUUAGUUUUUCACAAUUUCACCUGUACAUUUUCUUUGAAGCUGGUAAAACCCAUUCAUGACUAUCUCAGGCUUAGCUAUGGUAUGCUUUCAUUUACUCGUUCAACCUUGAGCCUAGACAUUUGAAGAUCCUUGCAGUUUUGCUUGGAUGAAACCGCAAUUCAAAACACAACAAAUAAUUACUUUGUUGUGGUAUUAUCUCAUUCUGUAAAAUGAAUUUUGUUAAUCUAC